GCAGCGUCGCAGUCUCUCACUCUCUCUCACCUGUUUCGCGCGCCGUCGCCGACGACUUGAACCAGAGAAGAAGCGCAGAGAUGGCGGAACAGACGGAGAAGGCUUUCCUGAAGCAGCCCAAGGUUUUCCUCAGCUCCAAGAAGACAGGGAAGGGAAAGAGGCCAGGAAAGGGAGGCAAUCGCUUCUGGAAGAGCGUUGGUUUGGGAUUCAAGACUCCCCGUGAGGCUAUUGAAGGAACAUACAUUGAUAAGAAGUGCCCUUUCACUGGAAAUGUCUCCAUCAGGGGUCGUAUUUUGGCUGGUACCUGCCAUAGUGCAAAGAUGUCAAGGACUAUCAUUGUUCGGCGCAAUUACCUCCACUACAUAAAGAAAUACCAAAGGUAUGAGAAGAGGCAUUCAAACAUCCCAGCCCAUGUUUCACCAUGCUUCCGUGUGAAGGAGGGAGAUCAUGUCAUCAUUGGGCAGUGCAGGCCAUUAUCAAAGACAGUGAGGUUUAAUGUUUUGAAGGUCAUUCCAGCUGGGUCUUCUUCUGCCUUUGGGAAGAAGGCAUUCACUGGAGCAUAAAUAGCAUUUUGGGCAGUGAACUAGUGUUAUGCAUGCAACUACAUUAGAUUGAGUUUCUUCUGGAACAUUUUUGCCAGUUUAUUUGCACCUUUAUGUAAUCUGAAUGUUGAGGUUAUCUUGGAACCAUUGAUUUUCGAAUCUUAUUAUCAAGAUACUGUGCUUCUGCCAAAAGUUUUUAGACUGC